AAAAUCGUUUUGGGUAUUCAGAAUAUUCAAAGCUAAAAAAAUGGAGUAUUUGGAGAUUGUUUCUUCUUCCUUUUCUUCAUGCAAGCCAUUCAGCCCCGACUCAGAAUUAUCCUCCUCAUCGUCAUCAGCUGGCCAUCCAUUAAUGGCUGUUUCGAGUUCUCAUAAGAGAAAAGCUGGUAGAAAGAAGUUCAAGGAGACUCGUCAUCCUGUAUUUAGAGGUGUACGUCAAAGGAGAGGGAAUAGAUGGGUGUCCGAAAUUCGUGAACCUUUCAAGAAAUCAAGGAUUUGGUUGGGCACUUUCCUUACCCCUGAAAUGGCGGCUAGGGCUUACGACGCUGCCGUUUUAGCCCUCAGGGGCAAAUCCGCCGCCCUAAAUUUCCUUGACUCGGCUUCGGUCCUUCCAAUGGCCAAGUCUUGUUCGCCUAAAGAUAUACAAAUCGCUGCUUUUGCCGCCGCCGAGGCUUUUAAACCAACAAUAAGUUCGACAAAUAUUGAUCAUCAACCGGUGGGACGCCCGUCGCCAAGCCGAGUUCCCAAUGGGAAUGAUGAAGAAGAGAAGGUUUUAGAGCAUUGGAGGAACUUGGAAAUUACGAGUGCUAAAGAUGAUUAUGAGUUCAUGGACGAAGAGGCAUUGUUUAACAUGCCAGGUUUACUCCAUAGCAUGGCGGAGGGUUUGCUCCUCACUUCACCACCUCUGCAAACACAAGUUUACGAUUACGAUUACGAUGGCAAUAUAACCCCCACCGUUGAUAUUGAUUUAUGGGGACAUUACUUGUAAAAAAUAA